AUGCCGGACCCCAACAACUACACCGUCGGUUGGGUCUGUGCGAUCAGUACUGAGUACGUAGCCGCCCAAUAUUUCUCGAUGACAAAUACGAGCAGCCCGCACUCGUUGCGCCACAUGAGGCAACGGUUACACCCCUGGCAGGAUGGGAAAAACAAUGUCGUCAAUGCCGUCCUGCCUAAUGGAGAAUACGGCACGAACUCUGCAGCCGUCGUCGCAAGAGACAUACUUCGAAAGUAGGAAGGGCAGGUCCGAGAACAAAGGGGGCGACGACGAAGAGGGCGGGCAAUUAAAUCCGAGGGGUGGCAGGCCGACUGGGCGGCGUCAAC